AUGGCUAUGAAAAUCGCAAUCGUGUUAGGUGUUAUGAUGACAGUGGCAUUAGCCGUUCCUGCACAACCCGCCGCCGGUGGAUGGGGUUGGGGUGGCGGUGGAUGGGUUGGUGGUGCUGCUGCCAACCCGUGGAUACCUCCGUGGGUUUCGGUCGCGCCAUGGUAUCCUCAGUGGACACCAUGCACAGCCAUUGGAAGCACAUGCUUGGAUUGCAACACAAAGCUAGUCUGCACGAAAAUCGGUGGUCUACAACGCGCCUGUACUGAUCCAACUCUUCCAUUCUGCAAUAUGGGUGAAUGCUCUGCCACGCCAUCUGCGGAAUGUGCAGUACCAGCUGUGAAUAAUCCACCAGAACUCACCGCCUAA